ACUUUGUUUAUUUUAAUAACUUUCUCUAUAAGCAUCCCCUGAUCUGAGACUCCCCUAAUCGCCCAAAAUUUUUCCCACUUCCACUAAAACUUUCUCCACUAGAAACCAUCUUGGUGAGAAUGAGAUUCUCGAAGGGGAUGAGGAGAAGUCGUAGUCUUUACGACGACUAAUAUGAAGCUUCAACCUUCCUUCUGGUCUUCACAACUUGUUGCAGCCCAGACCCAGAUGGCUCUUGGUUCCUCGGAGGCAAAUCUGAGGCUGUGGUGGUGGAUAUCCUGCCUAGCUCUUGGUGGGUUUUGAGAUUUUGUUGUUGAUUUCAGCCAUUUCCAGGUAAAGAACGUUUCAGACACUUGGGUUUUCUUCUCUUGAAGGCUGAAGCCAUACAUGCUCUAAAUCACUGUAUUCUCUCUCCUUCAAUCUGUUCUUAAAUGGGUUUCUGGGUUUUUUGCUUCUUGGAGUUUUGCUUCAUAAAUUUUUGAUUUUGUAUUUGGGGCAACUGUACUGUUUGAAACUGGAGAUGGUGCAUCAGUAGGUUCUUUUGAGAGCAUAGAAUUUAUAUGGCUUUCUACAAGAAACCCCGCAUCAAAGAUGCGGCUUUUCGGCGGAUAUUACCUGUUGUUCUGGUUACUUUGUUGGGAGUUUUUCUGUUAACUGUCCAUGUUAGAACAAAUUCGUUGUCUCGUGUCAUAUCCUGGACAUCAGAUGAAGUCGAUGAAGUUCCAUUUCCGAGUUCCUCAGAGUCCAGAGGAAUACCCAGGCUGCCAAAACAAACUAAGUUGUCGAUUUCAUUGGAGAAGAAGAACAAAUUACCUCCUAGAAAUUUAGAUAUUUUCCCAAAUCUAACCAAGGAUCACAUAACAAUCGUUCUAUAUGUUCACAAUCGGCCACAAUAUCUACAAGUUGUUGUCAAAAGUCUGUCUACUGUAGAGGGGAUCAAUGAAACCUUACUGAUUGUCAGCCAUGAUGGAUAUUUCAAAGAAAUGAACAAGAUUGUUGAAGGCAUCCAGUUUUGCCAAGUGAAACAGAUCUUUGCCCCUUAUUCACCACACCUCUUUCCUGACAGUUUUCCGGGUGUCUCACCGCAAGACUGUCGGGAUAAAGAUAACCCAUCUACGAAAAACUGUAAAGGAAAUCCAGAUCAAUAUGGGAACCACCGGUCUCCAAAGAUUGUCUCAUUGAAGCAUCACUGGUGGUGGAUGAUGAACACAGUUUGGGAUAGGUUGGAAGAGACACGGAUGCAUUCAGGUCAUAUUCUUUUCAUAGAGGAAGACCACUUCAUUUUCCCCAAUGCAUACCGUAGCAUCCAGAUUCUUACAGAGCUAAAACAUCAGAAAUGUUCUCAUUGCUAUGCUGCAAACUUGGCCCCGUCUGAUGUGAAUUCAAGGGGAGAAGGGGGGGAGACCUUGAUUGCCGAGAAGAUUGGAAAUAUAGGUUAUGCUUUUAACAGGACUGUUUGGAGGAAGAUCCACUCAAAGGCAAGAGAUUUUUGCUUCUUUGAUGAGUACAACUGGGACAUCACAAUGUGGGCCACUGUUUAUCCUUCAUUUGGUGAUCAUGUUCACACGCUAAGGGGACCUCGUAGCAGUGCAGUUCAUUUUGGAAAGUGUGGUUUGCAUCAGGGACAGGGGGAGAAGAAUUCUUGCAUUGACAAUGGAAAGAUGAACAUCGCAGUUGAGAAGGUGGAUAAAGUUGCCAACAUCAAAGCAGACUGGGAAGUGUAUGUGUAUGAGCGUCAAGCAGGUUACCAAGCUGGCUUUAAGGGUUGGGGGGGUUGGGGAGAUCAGAGGGACCGUCAACUGUGCUUGGAUUUUGCUCGUAUGUAUCACUUGGGAGGCAGCAGGAGUCUUGGUUGAAGGGUUUGAUUUGUUUGAGUGCUGACUGCUUGGCUUUUGCAAUUACGUAUAUAUUGUGAGACAGCAGAACACCUGGUUGAAGAGUUAUUUGUUGGCUCUUUGGUUAUCUGAUUGUUUGACUGGAAAAUUAGAGGUACUACGUUUUACUCUGUACACGUUAAAGGAAGCAUAGUUAUUUAUCAAGUAAUUUUAUGGUUUCAUCUCUCA